AUGGCGAGUCUUCUGCGCGUGGUAGCCAGCAGCUGUUCUGUCCCCCUGUUCACCGGGGUGGCCUGCGCUAGUCUACCGAGUGUCCGGACAGUGAAGACACCAUGCCUGCGCUACUUUAGGACCCAUCAAGCCCUCGCUCGCCUUGCCAGUCCAGGUAUUCCAUACAAACAGCUGACUGUCGGCGUUCCCAAGGAAAUCUUUCAGAAUGAGCGUCGAGUGGCCAUCUCUCCUGCUGGAGUGGAAGCUCUCAUCAAGCAGGGCUUUAAUGUGGUGGUGGAGUCGGGCGCCGGGGAAUCUGCCAAGUUCUCCGAUGACAUGUACACAAAAGCCGGAGCCAGCAUUAGGGACGUUAAGGAUGUCCUUGCAUCUGAUGUUCUUGUUAAGGUGCGAGCCCCCAUGUUAAACUCGGCUUUGGGAGUUCACGAGGCCGAACUCAUGAGCGAAGGAUCGACUCUUGUCAGCUUCAUCUAUCCUGCUCAGAACCCAGAGCUGAUGGAUGUGCUGUCCAAGCGCAAAGCCACUGUCUUGGCCAUGGACCAGGUGCCACGUGUCACCAUCGCCCAGGGUUACGACGCCCUCAGCUCCAUGGCCAACAUUGCUGGCUACAAAGCCGUGGUCCUGGCAGCAAACAACUUUGGCCGCUUCUUCACCGGUCAGAUCACAGCCGCAGGGAAGGUUCCCCCAGCUAAGGUGUUGAUCAUUGGCGGUGGAGUGGCUGGGUUGGCUGCCGCUGGCAGUGCCCGUGCUAUGGGUGCCAUUGUCAGGGGCUUUGACACCAGAGCAGCUGCAUUAGAACAGUUUAAGUCGCUGGGUGCUGAGCCCCUGGAGGUGGACAUUAAGGAGUCUGGGGAAGGCCAGGGUGGCUAUGCUAAGGAGAUGUCCAAAGAGUUCAUUGAAGCCGAGAUGAAGCUGUUUGCCAAGCAGUGUUUGGAUGUUGACAUCAUAAUCACAACUGCGCUUAUUCCCGGUCGGAAGGCCCCUGUGCUGAUUACUAAGGAAAUGGUGGAGACAAUGAAGGACGGUUCAGUGGUGGUGGACCUGGCUGCAGAGGCGGGGGGAAACAUCGAGACCACAGUUCCUGGAGAACUAUCUGUUCACAAAGGUGUGAUUCAUGUCGGAUAUUCAGAUCUUCCCAGUCGCCUCCCAACUCAGGCCAGCACAUUGUACUCCAACAACAUCACCAAACUUAUCCGUGCCAUCAGCCCAGAUAAGGAAACCUUUUACUUUAAUGUCAAAGAGGAUUUUGAUUAUGGCACAAUGGACCAUGUGAUUCGAGGUUCAAUAGUUAUGAAGGAUGGGAAAGUUCUUUUCCCCGCACCACAGCCUAAAAACAUCCCGGUGGCUGCGCCGCCAAAACCAAAGUCUGUGCAGGAGCUGGCAAAGGAAAAGGCUGCUGCCGUCUCACCCUUCAGAGCCACUCUCACCACGGCUGGACUUUACACCGGAGGUCUGGGUUCAAUGAUCGGUCUCGGGCUGUGUGCUCCUAAUGCUGCAUUUACUCAGAUCGUUACAACCUUUGGCCUGGCAGGAAUUGUGGGAUACCACACCGUCUGGGGCGUCACUCCUGCUCUUCACUCGCCACUUAUGUCUGUCACAAAUGCCAUUUCAGGCUUGACUGCUGUUGGUGGCCUUUCUCUCAUGGGUGGUGGAUACCUCCCCAGCAGUACGGCUGAGACCCUGGCCGUCCUGGCUGCUUUCAUCUCCUCAGUCAACAUUGCUGGUGGUUUCUUGGUCACUCAGAGGAUGUUGGACAUGUUCAAGCGGCCCACCGAUCCUCCUGAGUACAACUACUUGUAUCUCCUGCCUGCUGGUUUGUUUGUUGGAGGCUAUGGGGUGGCUCUUCAGAAUGGCUACAACAUUGAACAGAUGAUGUACUUGGGCUCUGGUUUGUGCUGUGUGGGGGCUCUGGCCGGUCUUUCCAACCAGUCCACAGCCCGUCUUGGUAACGCCCUGGGCAUGAUUGGAGUAGCUGGUGGCAUCGCUGCAACGUUUGGAGCAUUAAAACCUUCUCCUGAGCUCAUGGCACAGAUGACUGCUGCCAUGGCAGUGGGUGGCACUGCCGGUUUGGCCAUCGCCAAGAAGAUCCAGAUCUCGGACCUGCCGCAGCUCGUCGCCGCUUUCCACAGUUUGGUGGGUCUUGCGGCCAUGCUCACCUGCGUGGCCGAGUACAUGGUGGAGUAUCCCCACUUCGCAACUGACCCUGCGGCCAACCUCACCAAGAUCGUGGCCUACCUAGGAACCUACAUCGGUGGAGUCACCUUCAGCGGUUCUCUGGUGGCUUACGGCAAACUUCAAGGUCUCUUGAACUCCGCCCCUCUUAUGCUUCCCGGCCGUCACGCCCUGAACGCCACCCUGAUGGCGGCCAGCGUUGGCGGCAUGAUCCCUUACAUGCUGGAUCCCAGCUAUACCACUGGCUUGACCUGCUUAGGUUCAGUGUCUGCACUGUCUGCUGUCAUGGGCUUGACCUUGACAGCAGCUAUCGGAGGAGCCGACAUGCCCGUUGUGAUCACGGUGCUUAACAGUUAUUCUGGCUGGGCCCUGUGCGCUGAGGGCUUCCUGCUUAACAACAACCUGCUGACCAUAGUGGGUGCCCUCAUUGGUUCCUCUGGAGCUAUCCUCUCCUACAUCAUGUGUGUGGCCAUGAACCGCUCUCUGGCAAACGUCAUCCUCGGAGGCUAUGGCACUUCGUCCACCGGCACGGGCAAACCCAUGGAGAUCACCGGUACCCACACGGAGGUCAACGUGGACCAGUCAGUGGAGAUGAUCAAGGAGGCUCAAAAUAUCAUUAUUGUUCCAGGUUAUGGUCUGUGUGCAGCAAAAGCUCAAUAUCCAAUUGCUGAUCUUGUAAAGUCAUUGACUGAUCAGGGCAAGAAAAUCAGGUUUGGAAUCCAUCCUGUGGCUGGCCGUAUGCCCGGUCAGCUGAACGUACUGCUGGCAGAAGCUGGUGUGCCGUAUGAUGUUGUGCUGGAGAUGGAUGAGAUCAAUCAUGACUUCCCUGAAACCGACCUGGUGUUGGUCAUUGGAGCAAAUGAUACGGUGAACUCCGCAGCCCAGGAAGAUCCCAACUCUAUCAUUGCAGGCAUGCCUGUACUGGAGGUCUGGAAGUCAAAGCAGGUCAUCGUAAUGAAAAGAUCUCUCGGAGUUGGCUAUGCCGCUGUGGACAACCCUAUCUUUUACAAACCGAACACAGCCAUGCUUUUGGGAGAUGCCAAGAAGACCUGCGAUGCUCUGUCUGCCAAGGUCCGUGAGGGUUAGAGAGGAAAGAUGCAGACCUUGCUUUGCAUCAGAUGAAGCACAGAAAAUCGCUCGUAUCGAACACACCCAAUAAACCCCUAGACAUAAAAAUUAGUAUUAAUAGGAUCAAGCUCUUGUUAAAGCACUAAGUGGUUAUUUAGUUGUAAAUGGUAGGCAAUUUAUUCAGUAUUUCCAAAACUUUUGUUUGUGGUCCAGAUGUUCACUUCUUUGUAUUUUUUUUCUCCCCAUUUCAAUCAAAUCGAAAUGAAAACAAGCAUUAAACUAUAUAAUAGCAUACUAAUAGCUAAAACUAACCAGUUACAAUCUGGUUUUCUAUGUAUUAUAGGUAAUUUUUAUAACACAACAACUGUUUUUAAAGAGCUUGGAUUUUUGUAGAUUCACAAAUUUGUGACUAAUUUCAUCAUUUUCUCAUCAAUUCCUUAAAGGAAUAUUCCAUUUUCUUAAAAGAAAAAUCCAGAUAAUUUACUCACCACCAUGUCAUCC